AUGACUCAAUUACCCAACAUCCAAACUUUCUUAUCUAAUUUAUCGACAGCUCUCACCAUGGCAUACUCUCCUUACUUAAUGUGCGAACCAAUGUACCUGGGAGAUGAGCGCUUCCAACGCUGGCCAUCCCCAGCCAAAGACGCUGGACCUCAAUACCUCACAUUCUGUUUCGCAAUCUCAAAAUAUCGGAACAAUCAACCUCCCUUCACUCUUAAUUUUCCCUCGGAUCAUGACCUCUAUAUGAAAAAGGAACAGAGCAUGCGCAACAGGAUGCCAGAUGUGAAUCUCGCAGGUAUGUCUGGAGAUAAUUUUAUGGAUGAUAUUCCUUGGCCCGACUAUCACGAUAUUGAGAUCCCGCCAAUAUCUGAGAAUCAACUCAAAAGUAUUGGGCGCAAUAUGAAACUAUUGGAAUCCGAACUCCUUGGUCCGAUCAAAGGUUCUACAAUCAAUGAUGAGGAUUUCAUCUUUACAAAGCUUAAUUUCAAUCACAAGAGAACGAAAGAAGACCCCCUUGAACAUAUUCCUUGUAAUUAUUUUGAGCAUAAAUUCUUCGAUGGAAGAGAGCAGAGCUUUGAUUCUGCUGUGAGAGCUGGAGAAGGUCCAGCAAUACCAGAAUGGACACAUCAAGGUUUCGAUAUUAAUGAUGAAGAACAAAUGGCCUCAUUAGAUCGUAGAGAAAUUCAGAAAGCCCUCCGAAGCUACGAUGCUACCUACCGUGCAAAUUACUUUAACCCCGAUCUUGUACCUGAAAAGAGAUUAGGUUCAUCAAGAAAAUCAGGUGCUAUGACGAACUGGUAUCGAAAAGGUCCUAUAGGACGUAGUCGAAAACCUCCUCCAAAACCACGACAAGAUGUUGCGGAGAGAAUUUCUCAGGAUCAUUUAUGGCUUCUCCAGCAAGAAAGCCUAGCCAAGUCCAAAGAUAAUGAAGACGUUCAGAUGGGUGGAACGAGUGUGAUUGUUGGAGGGAGUCUCGUUGGUACUGAAGUUAUUGGCGGAAUGAGUGCUACGAUUGAUGCUCCUGGUCCUUCCGGGUUUAAUUCUGGAUUCGGUCAAAUGAGUACUAUAACUGGGGCUCUUGGUUCUUGGGGAUACAAUUCUAGCUCUGUUGGUGUAAACAGUGCUCCUGCUCCAGAAUACAACUUUACUGCCAGUAUCGCCAACAAUGCUGCUGGUCCCUCUGAAUAUAAUUUCGGAGCCGCUUCAACAGUUUUGCCCACCAAUACCUCAACAGCUGUCGCCAAUAAUACACGAGGCGCUCUGAAAUACAGUUCUGGAGCUGUUUCAAGCGCUGCUCCUAUGAAUGCACCAAUGAUUUCCAUUAAUGAUACGUCACAACCUUCAGCACACAAUUUCGGUCCCAAUGCAAGGAACGUUGCAAACACCGCACCAGGUCCUUCUGGGUAUAACUCUGGGACUAUCGGAUGUAACAAUUUGAGCAGCAUGGCAGCUCCUUCGGGAUACACUUCUGCACCUGGUAUAAACAACACAAUCAAUACUGCAGCAAGCUCUUUGGGACAUAACACCUUGUCAGCUCCGACUCCAAGAGAAAUUGGUACAAGAGGAAGUGGCGGAACGAAUACCUUGAGCAACCCUUCACGUCCUAUCUCCGACUACGAUCAAGGAUAUACUAAAUCUUGGACCGAGCGGGUCAUGCAUAACUAUGCUCACUCUUUCCCCGCACAUGCCGCCUCUAUCCCACUCAAUAUGAAUCUUCACAACACUAUCGAAGUCCAAUCUCAAGGCAUUACUCACCGACCUAAUCUCCCUACUGCAGCCGCAUCCGCACCCGUACAUGCAAGUGAAGAAAUCCUUGAAACGCCAUUUACAAGCCAGGAGCCUGAUAUGGAGAACCUCAUUCCCAUCAACAAAAAGAUGGAUGCAAGAGACGACAAAGAUGAAGAUUGGCAGCCAGGUCAGAAACCAAAACCAAAACCAAAAGCUACCCGAAAGACCGCUAUUUCUAAAGCAGCCACUGCCAAUCCAACCACACCCAAAACAAUUACUCGCAAAACUCCUACUCCAAGGACCAGGAAGCCAAAGAUUGCUAUUCCCAGUGUCGCUGGUCCCAUAGCUACCAGCCCUACAGUUGGAACACCUAAUCUUAUCAAACCAGCUGGCGUCCCAAGAGCUAGGAACUCCAGAGCCGCUACUGCCAAAACUGUCGGACCCAAGUCUGCUGUACCCAAAGCUACUGCUCCCAGAACUGCUACCACUAGAACUUCCGCUCCAAAGACUGCAACCCCCAAAGUUUCCGCCACAAGAGCUACUUCCAAGUCCAACACCCCCAAGCCUUCCUCAUCUACCUCAACCCCCAGCCUCAAAGCACCCGUUACCAGAAAAUCUUCUCUCAAAAAGAGUAUUUCGGGAGAAAGCGCCGACGGUACAUGGGAGCCUGAUGAAGAAGACUUAUAA